CAGGACAAUAAACACCAAACUGUUUUUCUCUCUCCUCACUCCCAAAAAAAGAAACCAUUACUCCGAUCUGACUCUCUACUCAACCAAGCGUCCAAGCCUCCCAUUGGCCGCCGACGUCGUUUUGAUUCUCGCGACCCCUAACUCCUAGAAAAAAGUCAACGUAUCGAGCGAGGGGAGAGACGGAGGAAGGAAGGCAUAAUCUUCCUCUGCCCCUGAUGUAGCCUACCAACAACCAUGAUGAAGGUAAUGAUGAUGACCGGACGAAACGACGUCGCUAGAUUCGGAGCUCACAACGAAGAAGAAGAAGACGAAUGUUUCUUCGAGUCUCUCGACCGCGUUCUCUCUUCCUGCUCUUGCUCCACUUCCAACUCCGACUACGACUCCGACCCCAGCGCGAUCCACGAUCCGAAUCCGUUUCCCCUCCCCUCCGGAUUCGAUCUGUGGAAAUCCGAGCCUGAGUCCGUAUCCGAGAGACGAAUCAGGCUCCUACGCGGGUUAGGACUCAGCAACGAGCCGGAUCUCGCUCCGGCGAGCCGUCUCCGCCGUAGAAAAGGCAUUCGCAGUUCUCAUUUCGCCAGAUCGAGUCACCACGGUAAAUGCGUCUCUUCGCUGAGAUCAGACGUAGUAGUAGUCGAUCACGGUAAGCCUCGUUGUUCUCUCAAUGAUCAUCAUCGUAGCAAUGGUAACAAUGUGGUUCUUGAUUUCGUAAGCAAAGAUCCGAUAGAAACUAACAACGGCAGAGACGUUGUACUGGAGGAGAAAAUGUGCACGAUUAAGAAUCUUGAUAACGGCAAAGAGUUCGUUGUGAACGAAGUCAGAGAAGAUGGAGUGUUGGAGAAGUUGAAAGAGGUAGGUACCGAUCGUCAACUGACUCUGGAGGAGUUUGAGAUGUGUGCUGGGACAUCACCCAUCGUUCUAGAGCUGAUGAGGAGGCAAAGCGUUGAAGACGUUUGUAAAGACUCUGUGGAUUUGAGUACUAGUGUAAGUGGAACUAAGCAUCGACGGAAAGGGAGUUGGUUCAAGAGUAUAAAGAGCGUUGCUAGUAGCGUGACAGGGUACAAAGAGAGAAGAAGCACUGAUGAUAGGGAUUCGCCGUCCGAGAGAGGAGGGCAGAGGCUUAGCUCCGCGACUGAUGAUAGCCGAGACGUGACAUUUCAGGACCCGGAGAGAGUUAAGGUUAGGCAGUAUGGGAAGGCGUGUAAAGAGCUCACGGCGCUUUUCAAGAGCCAGGAGAUUGAUGCUCAUAAAGGGUCGAUAUGGAGUAUUAGGUUUAGUUUGGAUGGGAGGUAUCUUGCUAGUGCUGGUGAGGAUUGUGUUAUUCAGAUUUGGGAGGUUGUUGAAUCAGAAAGAAAAGGGGAACUCUUGUUGGUGGAUAAACAAGACGAUGGAGGUGUAAAUUUGUCUGUGUUGGCAAAUGGAUCUCCAGAACCAGCUUCAUCAAUGUCUCCAAUGAGAAGAGGGAGAACUUCUUUUAGCAGAAAAUCAGUGAGCCUGGACAAUGUUUUGGUUCCAGAAACUGUCUUUGGUCUUUCAGAGAUACCCGUGUGCUCGUUUGUAGGGCAUUUGGAUGAUGUGCUUGACCUUGCCUGGUCGAAAUCUCAGCACUUGCUUUCCUCUUCGAUGGAUAAGACAGUUCGUCUAUGGGAUUUAUCUAGCAAGGCAUGUUUGAAAGUCUUCUCGCAUAGUGACUACGUGACGUGCAUCCAGUUUAAUCCCGUUGACGACAAUUACUUCAUCAGUGGAUCGUUGGAUGCAAAAGUUAGAAUAUGGAGCAUUCCUGAUCAUCAAGUUGUUGAUUGGAAGGAUCUUCAUGAGAUGGUCACAGCUGCCUGCUACACACCGGAUGGUCAGGGUGCAUUGGUUGGUUCAUACAAGGGGACUUGUUGCUUAUACAACACAAGUGAUAACAGACUGCAGCAGAGAAAGGAAAUCAAUUUGAAGAACAAGAAAAAGAAAUCCAAUCACAAGAAAAUCACUGGUUUUCAGUUUGUGGCGGGAAGUUCAUCGGAAGUGCUUGUCACAUCUGCAGAUUCACGUGCGCGUGUGGUUGACGGUGUUGAUCUUGUUCACAAGUUUAAAGGAUUCCGCAACACGAAUAGCCAAAUCUCAGCCUCACUUACAUCAAACGGAAAAUUCUUAGUCUCGGCGAGCGAAGACUCUAAUGUGUAUUUAUGGAACUACGACUCAGAGACUCGAGCUGGUAGAAGCAAACGCGUAACAGUCACAAACACAUACGAACACUUUUACUGUCGGGACGUCUCAGUGGCUGCACCUUGGCCUGGCAAGAUCAGUAACAACAACAACAGCCCCGACCAAUCGCCUUCCACAGCCAAUAACCCACCAACACCUGUCAACGAUCCAGUCAACAACACAGCCGUCACCAACGGUAUCAUUUCGAGCGCCACAAACCGAUACUUCUUCGAUAGAAUGUCAGCGACAUGGCCCGAUGAGAAGCUUUUGCUUGCUGCAAAGAACCGAGCACGAACUAGUCCUAGUGUGAGCGUGGACUUGUCUAAUGGACCGGUUAACGCAAAACCGAAUGCUUCGGCUUGGUCUAUGGUGAUCGUGACCGGCGGUUUACGAGGUGAAAUCAGAACUUUUCAGAAUUUUGGAUUACCGGUUCGUCUAUGAAGACGAGAAGAAAGUGAAUUAUUUUUUACUCAAGUAAAAACCAUCUCUAUUCAAAAAAAGUGUAUAGAUUGAGAGAAGGUUAGUUCUUCCACCUACCUCCUUUUUUUACCACGCCUCUUUUAUUUAUUUUUUCCUUAUUUGUUCUCUAAAAUUCAAAUCUUUAGCAAAUACAUA